AUGAGUUCGUCAUCAUUGGAUGUAUUUUGUCCGAAACAUUCCGACUCCGAUGCACCGAUUACGAUUAUAAUAAGUAUCAUAUCACAAAAAGACACAACAAAAUUUACACAUAUCUCCAAUGAAUUUGGCAAAUUAGGGUUUACCAAAGUGAAGGAUUUGGCUGGCACCACCCUUGGCAAAGCAAGCUCGAUUAAAAUGUCAGGAGAUACACUAACGCAGCUUUAUGAAGCUAUGGAGAUAUAUAGCAAACGCCUAGAUGAGCUUCUAAACUCUGCAAAAUCCGAACACCUAAAUAGAAAUUUCAUAUUGACGCAAAAAAUUUGUAAAAGUUUACUUAUACAUAAACCAAAAGAUCUAAAUAUAUUACUACUGAUUGCUAAUGCAUUCUUAAAUUGCGACAAAUACGAAGAAUGUAAUAAUUAUUUAGAAAAAGCAAAAAACAUUAAUCCAAAUUGUACCGAAGUUUUAAGCAACAUUGCAUUGGUUGCGAGUAAAAAAUACAAAAAUGAUGUAGCUAAAGAAUCAUUAUAUAAAAUUUGUUCAAAAAAACCUUAUUGGUCGGAUGCGUGGACAAAUUAUGCUGACUAUUUAUCUGAGACUAACGACUUAACCACAGCCCAAGUGGCUUAUAUCAGGGCUUUAAGCCUAAAACCCGAAUUUUAUAAAACACGUAAUAAGUACGGAAAACUGUUAUUAAGACUAAACAAAAUAAAAGAGGCUAAAAAGGAGUUUAAGAUUGCCCUCAACAGUGCAAAAGAAUAUCCAGAAACAUUAAACAAUUUAGCAGAGGUAUAUUAUAAAAGCGGUAAAUUUGGAAAAUCCAUUUUGAAGUAUAAACAACUCUUAGAGACUAACCCGGAUUGGACGAAUGCUUGUUUUCACUUGGGAAUGGCCUAUGAAAAGGUUAAGGAUUACGAAAAUGCAGCUAAUGCAUUGAACAAAGCAAUAGAACAAGAACCAGAAAAUGUGUCUUUUUUAAGAAUGUUAGCAGUUAUAUACAGCUAUCAAGACAAUAAUAUGAAGUUGUGUGCUGAAACAUUAAAAAAGUGUUUGAAAUUCAAGCCUGAGGACUUUAAUUUAAAUUUGGAUCUCGCUUUAGUGUAUUUGCAUAAUAUUCAAAAUUACCAUAAAGCUAUAUUUUAUCUUAAAAAAUGUAGAAAAUUAAAUCCGGAUAGAAUUGACGUAUACGAAGAGCUUUUUGAUGCAUACAAAAAAACUAAAGAUCAUUUAAAUGCGUACGAUGCUUGCAUGUCCAUGGGGAAUUUGUAUCUGGAGAAGGAUGAUUAUGAAAAUGCAAGAAACUCAUUCGAUUGUGCGGUACUUAUGAACCCGAAUAAUGCAUUUGGUCAUUGGAAAUUGGGCCUAGCAUUGUAUAAACUGGGACAUGACGAUUUGGCUCUUAAAAAAUACAAACAUGCAAUAGCAAUAAGGCCGGACUUUCCCGAUGCAUAUUGCAAUAUGGGGGAAUUAUUUGAAGAACGUGGCCUUGUCGAACAAGCCAAAGUAUAUUAUGAAAUGGCAAUCAAGUUAAGUCCAAACGACCAUUUAAACGCUCGGUUGAAUUUGGCCGAUAUGUCAAUGGAAAAAAUGGAUCUUAAUGGUGCUACGGCGGACAAUGAAAAGCAAUAG